AUUUAAACAAAAAAUCAAGUGACGUUUAAUGACCACCCACUGCUGUCAGCAUUCACCUAAAGACUUGGGACCGGGACCUGGAUUGUUUACAACAUCGAAAUCAUGGCCUUCGUUAGUGACUUAGUGAUUAGCCCAAAUGUAAUUCCCUGGUCACUAGUGCCAGCCGUGUUUGUAGGACUGUGGGCCUUGAUCUUCAUCGACUUCAAGAACUUCAUGGGAAGCAAAGUCGCAUACACAGUAUUCACCGCUAAGGAUCCGAUUAAUUGUUACCAAGAUUAUAAGAGUUCAGAUAGCAAAGCGGAAUAAAUGAGUUAGUUUAGAAA